AUGGCGACGCGCGCGAUCGCGAGUGCGCGAUCGCGUGCCCCCGCGCGCGCGCGCGAGGGGACGUCCCUCGCGCGCGCGCGACGGUGGACGCGAUCGCCCCAUCGCGGCGUCUCGGGACGACGGUCGCGCGCGACGCGAUGGACGCUCGACGCGGUCUCCACCGAGGACGCGGAGGGGUGGCGACGGGAGACGUCGAAGGCGAAGGAGACGAGGCCGACGCGGACGACGGUGGCGGACGCGGGGCGUGGGGUGGACGACGUGCACGCGCGGACGCGCGUCGCGCGCGAGGCGAAACGGCGAACGGCGCCGCGCGGCGUCCCGGGCGUGUGCGACACCCCUCGGAGGGGUGACGCGAGCGCUCUGGGAGCGACGCGAGUGGUUGGAUGUCCGGAUGAUACGGUGAACUUUGCGGUGUACACGAGCGCGGCGACGGCGGUGAGUUUGGUGCUGUGGACGCCGGAGGGACUGGCGCGCGGAGAGAUUGCGGGCGAGAUCGAGUUGGACGAGACGACGAAUAAGACUGGGAGCGUGUGGCACGUCGCGCUGCCGCGGUGCGCGGAGGAUGUGCUGUACGGGUACAGGGUGGACGGGCCGUACGAGCCGGAAGCGGGGCACAGAUUUGAUAAGAGCAAGAUUUUGCUCGACCCGUACGCAAAGUUCACCGUGAGUCGACCCGAGUACGGAGUCGCUUCGAAGAAGGAGGACGGGACGGAAGAUUGCUGGCCGCAGUACGCGGGUGGGGUGCCCAAAAAGUUGCGGAGCGAUGGGAAGGAGGAUUUUGAUUGGGAGGGCGUGACCUCGCCAAAGCGCCCGAUGCGAGACUUGGUUGUGUACGAGGCGCACGCGCGCGGGUUAACGGCAGAUUUGGAGACCAAGGCGAAACCGGGAACGUACGCCGCGAUAGAGGAGGCCCUUCCGUACUUAAAACAGCUCGGUGUGAACGCAAUUGAGCUCAUGCCGUGCCACGAGUUCAACGAAAUGGAGUAUCACAGCCUGAACCACGUCACCGGCGAGUUCAGGCGUAACUUUUGGGGAUACAGCACCGUGAACUUCUUCAGCCCGAUGACGAGGUAUGCCGAGGCCGGGGCGGACGAUUGCGGACGCGAAGCGGCGAGAGAGUUCAAGCGAAUGAUUCGAGAGUGCCAUCGAGCGGGAAUAGAGGUCAUCAUGGACGUUGUCUUCAACCAUACCGCGGAAGGCAACGAGCAAGGCUUGACGCUGUCGUUCCGAGGUUUGGACAACCGCGUGUACUACAUGGUCGCUCCAGAGGGACAAUUCUACAACUACAGCGGGUGUGGCAACACGAUGAACUGUAAUCAUCCCGUCGUGCGCGAGUUCAUCUUAGAGUGCCUUCGGUAUUGGGUCCUGGAGUAUCACAUUGACGGCUUUCGAUUCGACUUGGCGAGCAUCCUCACGAGAGCUUCGAGCAUGUGGGAUCGCGCGAACAUUUUCGGUGAACCCACGGCGGAGACGCCGAUGUUGGAGGAAGUGGUCAUUGGUACGCCACUCCAAGAUCCGCCGCUCAUCGAUGCCAUCAGCAACGAUCCGGUUCUGGCUGGCACAAAGCUCAUCGCCGAGGCGUGGGACGCCGGAGGCCUGUACCAAGUCGGGUCAUUCCCGCAUUACGGCGUGUGGUCAGAGUGGAACGGUAAGUUCCGUGACGAUGUUCGCAAUUUCAUUAAAGGCGUCGACGGGUACGCCGGUUUGUUUGCCGAACGCUUGUGCGGAAGUCCCAACCUUUAUGCCGACAGAAGUCCGUCCGCGAGCAUCAACUUUGUCACCGCCCACGACGGUUUCACUCUUCGCGACUGCGUGAGCUACAACGAGAAGCAGAACCAUGCGAACGGAGAGGAAAAUCGCGAUGGAGAAGAGCACAAUGCCUCCUGGAACUGUGGCUUGAGCUGUGAUGACGACGGAGAGUGCUGGGAUCCCGAGAUAGUCGCACUGCGAGAUCGACAAAUGCGCAACUUCGUGGUGGCGCUCUUCGUCGCUCAGGGCGUUCCGAUGAUGUAUAUGGGCGAUGAGUACGGCCACACUAAGUGCGGCAAUAACAACACGUAUUGUCACGACAAUGCGUUGAACUGGAUCGAUUGGAGCGAGGCGUCGAGCCCACUCGCGGGUGACGGUCUCGCGCGUUUCACAAAACAAGUCAUCGCGUUGCGGAAGAAGCACAGCGCCUUCCGUCUCGAUUCGUUUCCGAGCGCCGAUAACAUUCAAUGGCACGGUCACCUUCCGGAUACUCCGAUGUGGGACGAGGAGUCGCGAUUCGUGGCCUUCACCCUUCAGGACAAGCCCGAGACGGAUAAGUUUUACAUCGCCUUCAACUCUCACCACGAGCCGGCAAUGUUAAAGCUCCCGUCACCACCUGAAAGAUGCAAGUGGAAGCUCAUCCUCGACACCUCUUUGGAAUCACCGUUCGAUGUCCUCUCCGCCGAGGACAUCGCGGAGGCGGAUUCGUACACGGCAGAGGCAAUGUUUUUGCCGGGACUUCGCAAAAACACCUACCUCUGCGCCGAUCGCUCCGCCGUCAUCUUCCGAGCCGUUUCGCUCGCGUGA